AGCAGGACACGUAAACAAAGUGAGAUUCCAAAGAAGAUUGGGUCGUCUGAUAAUGUGCCAAAUAAUUAGCCAUUAAUCCAGCCAGGAAGUUGUUCUUUUGGAUCGAGUUUCUGGUGUGAAGAUAAAUUUGUGGCUAUGUGGAACAAAGCAGCAUGCCAGCGUCUGAUUCUUGAAUGGCCGCUUUUAUCCAAUGACGUCAGUUAGACAACAAUUAUUUUUCUCAUUUUCUCAAGUGAUUCCGUUCUAUUCUUAAUUAACAUCUAACACAUUUUCGUGGAAGAUAAUUGAAAUAUACAGCACACUUUUUUAUUACUUUUCUAUCACAAAACUAACUGUUCCCCAAAUUAGGUAUGGCUGAAAACAUGGUGCUGAAAAGGAAGUAAUUAUGGAGUAACCUAAUACUCUGUUCUUUGCUUAUAUUUUCAUUUCACAAAAGGAUAAAAUACAAGUCAUUUAGACAGAUACAAUACGACGCCACUUUGUAACGCACUUGAAGGUUUUACAAGAUGUUGGCUCUUUUGCGAUUAAUCGCCACUUUUGUGAGUGUGUGUCUCGUGGUCAUCGCGGCUGCCAAUAACAACUGCUCAAGACCCGCGAUGACGUCAAUGUUGUUCAUACAUGGAACAAAUAAAGGUGUGACAUCUUUCAAGUCCGGUAAAUUGCUGUUUUUCCGAUGCAAAAAUAAGAGUCAGUUGGUUGGUAGUGCUUUUCGCCGUUGUAUCUCUGGAUCUUGGAGUGGAACUGCACCCAUCUGCAUAGCGAAAAGAAAAGUCCCACAGCCAGUGAGAUGUAAGAGGUUACGUCAUAUAAGAAAAGGUGUGAUACGAGGUUACCGACGCCAGGUUAAUACUGUUGUGAGUUUUAGUUGUGUAGCCGGGUUUAACUUGAUGGGACCGAGGAGAAUCAAGUGUUUGGCUACAGGAAAUUGGAGCGGCCCUAUACCACGAUGUCUGAAAGAUAUAUCCUGUCCUAACCUGCGACCACCAAGAAAUGGCGUGCUUGAUGGAAGGGUAUUCAAAUAUGGCCGAAGAGUGAAGUAUUCCUGUAAUACCGGUUAUAAACUGGUUGGUUCAUUAUCACGCAAGUGCAUGUCAACUGGCAGAUGGACAGGGAAGCGGUCCAAGUGUGUGAAGAUAGAUCCUGCAAAAGAACUAAAAGAAGUGGCAGACAAUUUACGCAAGAAUUUGGUGAACAAAUUUAGCUUGGUAACAGUAGACAGUCGGGCUAGAGUCGGAAUAUCCUCGGGCGCUUCCGGACUCGACUUCAUUUUUGUUCUCGACAGUUCGGCGAGCGUUGGAAGAACGAACUUUCAACGAGGAAUCGAGUUCGUGCAAACGAUCAUCAGAGAGUAUGGAGUGUCGACCAAACCACAGGGAACCCGGGUAGCCAUUGUGACUUUCAAUGCUGUAGCAGAAGUAAGGUUUAACUUGGCUACCAAUGUGAUUAACGAUACAGACCGAGCUAUGAGGGAACUGGGUAAUAUACAUUUCCAAGGAGGUGGUACGAAUACGGAAGCCGCUUUGAGUAAAGUCUUUCAUGAGGUUCUACCACAAGCGAGGAAACGAACGCACAAAGUUCUCUUCCUCAUCACAGACGGCCGCUCAAACACAGGAACCGAUCCGCGAAUUUUCGCAAGGAAGCUUAGGGAGCGAAAAUACGAAAUCUUUGCGAUUGGCAUUACAAAGAAUGCCAAUAAGGACGAGCUAAAAAGCAUCGCAUCGCAGCCGUACAGAUCACAUAUUUACUUGUUGGCUGACUACAAAACCUUAGAGAAAUUGAAGAAUAUGAUCACUGGGGAAGAAAAAAAUGAAUGGGAAUGCGGUCAGGCUGGUGACACGAGCUUACGCGAAAGCAUCACAACUCCGCACCACCAAGUUUCUAGAGAAGAUGCGUGGCCAUGGCAGGUUGCUAUAUAUGUCAAUACACCUUUCAAAUGUGGCGGAGCAUUGGUUGCGGACAACUGGGUUUUAACAGCUGCCAGUUGUUUCGACGAGGAAAUGUUUAAAAACUUAACAGGGCAUACCAUUGAAGUUGUCGUGGGUGAGCAUGAUCGGCUUGAUGAAGCUGGAACUGAGCAAACGUACGAAGCAGUGAAAUUAAUCCGUCCUCCGAAACUUGGCAAAAAGAUACGUGAUGACAUAGCAAUGGUAAAAUUACAAUAUCCUAUUAAACAAACUGCUUAUGCGCAUUCGGUGUGUUACGAUGAAGAUCCGGACAGCUCGUUGAUCUGGCCAACACAGUAUGGUGUCGUUACUGGUUGGGGAUCCAAGAGUAUCAACAAUGCUGUAGCCAUCCCUGAAUAUACCAAAACUCAUCAAACAGUCAUCAAGUUUGCAACGCAAAGGACAUGUCGAAGGAAAUCAAAUUUGAAAAAUUUGAGAAGAAGCGUGUUUUGUGGCAGCAGUUAUAAUGAUAAUGUUGAUAGGUGCUUGGGUGAUACCGGAGGACCUGUAGUGGUUAAACUGAUUGACGAUAGUUGGACUUUGGUUGGAGUGAUGAAGGUGAAUGAAGGAUGCACCGCUGACUCGAAGUACUCACUGUUCACAAAAGUUGGCUAUUACUCAAAGUGGAUUAACGAAACUAUAUCAUUGGAAUAACGACAAUGGAUUUAAUUCCGUU